AUGAGCCAUGAACCACCGUCUCCUAAGAGGCGGCACAUUCUUUCAUCCAUCAACCCGGAGCAGUCACCAGAGAGACAUCGAAGAGAGAAUCCACGGGCCGCUUCAUCAAAUGACGUCAAGCCAACAGUUGAAGAUGGUUGUGACGAUGCAAGCAUGGACGCAACAAAGCCCAGACGGUCGCGGCUGAAGCUCAAGGGCGAGAAGAAGCGUCGCCGCUCUCGCAACGCCGCCUUCCGAGAAUCACUCUUUGAUGCCAUGGCUGAUGACGAGGGUGCCGCUUAUUGGGAAAGCGUCUAUGGUCAGCCCAUCCACGUCUACUCUGACGACAAGGUCGGACCAGCAGGCGAGCUUGAGAAAAUGACGGAGGAGGAAUACGCAGCCUAUGUUCGGCAAAAGAUGUGGGAGAAAACUAACGCCGGUCUCCUUGAAGAGAGAGAGCGGCGUGCAGAAGAGCGCAGGAAGAAGAAAGAAGAAGAGAGACAGAAUCAAAAACUACACGAAGAAAUGGAUCGCAGUCGACGCCGAGCAGAAGAACGACGCCGGAGAAGACGCUGGGUCGAUGGAUGGGACGCGUAUACGCAAGCUUGGUCCACGUGGGACGGAACUUUGGACACUCUCGCUUGGCCUGUGCUAAGUGGGCAGCGAAAGGAUGUAAACGAAGAGACUGUUCGUGAGUUCUUUAUUCACGGCAUAGGUUUGGAGGAUGUUGGAGAGAAAGAAUUUGUUGCGAAGCUAAAGGAGGAACGAGUGCGUUGGCACCCCGACAAGAUACAGCAAAAACUCGGCGUACAGAGUGGCAGCGACGUUAUCAAAGAUGUAACCGCCAUCUUCCAGGUUGUGGACAGGCUUUGGGGACAAGCGAUGAAGAAGCCUUGA